CGUACUAUCUGUUUCAUGUUAUCUCCAUACAUAGCGCUGCAGUAAACACGAAGACUGAUUCAGUUGUGUAGCGUUAUUCAAUGCAUUUAUACGCCCGACGAGAAAACACUUGCGACGGUUUAAAUACAUUCACCUUAAACAAAUUGUGUUACAAUACAAAUAUAGUUGUGUUCUUUGUUAAAGUGAACUGUGAGCGGUCAGUGUUCGUUUGUCAUGAUCCUACGUCACUUCGUGUUCACUAGAAUACUGAACAGCUUGUCGAGACAGUUUUAUUGCAAACUUAUUGACACGUAUCGAGUAAAACGUGUCGUAUGUCAGUCAUCUCAUCUUAAAAAUUGUUUUGUGAGUAUGCAGUAUGCUUCAGAGAAAAGCAGUGAACACGAGUCAAGUGUUACACUACCAAAACAACAGACUGCACGAGGUGCUGAAACUCAACAAGUCAACACUAACAAGGGAGGAGGAAAGAAGGUAAAACAAAUGAAGAAAGAUCCGAAGAAGAACAAGAAGAAGAAGAAAAGACAAGAUGCAGAAUGCACCGAGAGUCUGAUGUCAGAACUUCCCUUUACAAGCAUUAAGAUCUGGAAGGAUCUGGACUUUACCAGCACAGAAUCAAGUGUAAAGAAAAAACGUAAGAGAGGAGAAAGUGGACGAGUUGAAAGUGAGGAAGAUGGAGAUAAAAAGAAACAGAAGAAGGAGACGUCCCGCCCAAACUACUUUGUCUCAGUGCCAAUCACCAACCCGAAGAUCAAACAGGCGGUGAAGGACGUUCAGAAAUUGGUCCUGGAGAAAGAUUCACGUCUGUCUCGAGCUCUCAUACCUGUGGGCACCUUACACAUCACCUUACUAGUUACACAUCUGAAUACACAGGAACAGGUUGAAGUCGCUGUGUCUGCAUUAUCCGAGCUGGAGAAACCAUUGCAUGCACUGCUGGGCGGCAGGAGUCUUAUUUUACCCUUCUGUGGUGUUGGACACUUUAAACAGGAAGUGGCAUUUAUUAAGAUAGCAGAAGGAGAUCAUCUGAGCACACUUACACAGAUGGCAGAGUGUGUGAGGAAGACGUUUGAGGAGAAAGGCAUCGCAUCUGCAGAUGAUAAAGCAUUCAAACCUCAUCUGACAUUUCUAAAACUUUCAAGAGCACCCAAACUACGUAAGCAGGGCGUUAAAAAGCUGGAUCCUGCGCUCUUCUCAGAGUUCGAGGGUCGUGUUUUUGGAGACGAAUGUGUUUGUAGAGUGGACCUGUGCUCCAUGCUGAAGAAAAAGACUGCAGAUGGCUACUAUCACUGUGAGAAGAGCGUCACAUUCACUCUUCUGCAAAGCAGACAGCAUGCUGUACGAGCAAGUAUGUUACACUGUGUUAAGAAAGGUCCACCGCCGGAUGAUGAUGAGUUAGUGAGUCUGAGUAAACGUCUGGUUGAAGAUGCUGUGUUACGGGCUGUGCAGCAGUAUAUGGAGGAAACUCAACAAAACGGCACGCCACCAAAAGACGACGGUCCGGCGGGGCGAGCAGACAAACAAAAUUCCACUAAAUGACCCAUCGAGCCUCGCCCUGUACCCGAACCCGACCAGGCCGUGAGCCGCGACACCCCUCCACCUGCCGGGGGGCGUCAAACGACAGCGGACAGUCGGGAACUGAGCUGAUUUGUGCAGCGUGUGCACAGAGAUGAAGUGUAGACGAUGAUGAUGAUGAUGAUCGUUGUUCUCUCACAGGACUCAAAAUCAAAAUGAUGAUUCAGUGUUGACUCUUUAUUUUUUACCUCCUCUCUAAAUCACCCCUCCUUUUCAUUUAUGACACAACAUUGAGAGACAGACGGAUGAUAUGAACUUGAGUCCAAAGGUUCAUUCCUGCAGACUACAUCACACACACAAAUAUACAAAGUAAAACUGUCCGUUUAAUGACAAUCUGAUCAGUGAUUCACUGUGGAUAUAAACUGCAGGCCAACCCAAAGGCAAACUUCCUUUAAACCUGACACACGUGGACAUGUACAGAAGAGACGAGUGGAGGAUCUGACAGUAUUGUGUUUCUUUAUGUUUGUUUUACAGGCAGUUUGUAUGCUCAGAGCCGAUUCGACUCGGAGAGACUUCACAAGCGGAUGAAAGUACAGGCUAUUAAAACGCUGUUAACACAAACACACAUCCGAGCUAAAAUCAUACAGGAGCUGAACCUGAACAUCACUGACCAAGCA